AUGCCCAUGCGCCCCAAGCAGAAAAACAAGCACAAGUUGUGUGCUUUGGCCCUCGCGGUGGGGAAAGUUGUGUCUGCAGCUGCCUCCGCGGGGGUUCAUCGCUCCACAAUUUACCGCUGGCGCAAAGAAGAGAAGGACAGCAGGAAAGCAGCGCCGAACAAGUACUUCUUGGAUCCUAACAAGCACGCCAAGACGUUCGCCACGAGCCCGGAAUUAGAAGAAAGGUCUGACGCUCGCCAUUUUUCUUUGAGAUCGCGAGCAGCAAACAUCGAGUUUUUGCGGCGCCUCCUUAAGCGCAAUCGUCUUACCAUCCGACGAAUCACGCACAAAGACCGCAAGAAACGUUUCGACAUGGAGGUGUGUUCUCCCACACAAUCCAGCACGUAA